AUGUCCUCUGUCAGGAUCAAGAAAGUGCCCUCAGGCUAUGGCAGACUCAAUAGCGACGAUCGCCCAUACCCUAAUUCUUUCUCCCAUCGGUCCUCUACCAGCUGGAUACAAAACCCUUUCUCCUCUACUCCGAGGACAUCAUCGACGUCCUCCAGUCCAAGGAUUCCUCCCAGUGGUCAGCAGAGAAUCAUUCCUGAGAACUCGCCCACCCGACCCCCUUUGGCCACCUCACCCAACAAUUCACGAUCAUCGAGUAGAGUAGCCUAUCACCUCCGCCGCAACUCCAGCAACCGUUCCGACUUCCUUUCUCAUUCUCAGUACCCUUGGGCUCACGAUCCAUUUCCCACCAUCUUUGAGUCCUCCGAACCCCACUCUCAAUCAGGGUCUCAGUCGCAGUCACGAUCUCGCCCAGCUCCUUCUCCGCGCCAACCCCCUCGUGUGACUUCACCUCUUGGAGAACGGACCAUUAGCCUCCAGGGUGAGAAUGCUGAGAUCAGGAUGCACACAGAGUCGGGAGAUCGUACCCCUGGACUUGUUGAGAGCGCACUUAGUUUGCCCUCUAACAUCCAACCCGAAGAUAUCGGCCUCGACGAGCUGCAUCACCAAGAGGACAUUGUUGAGCACCUCGAAGUAAUCGACCCUCAGAUUGCUACUGUAUCGACUCUAGCCAAUGCAGCAAACGCCAUCCUGAUACCUCCACUUUCAUUUUACUCUCGGAAACCAGUUGUUGUCCUUUCCUCGCCUUCUCGGCGCAAACACAAGCAUGAUCCUGAGAAGGGCGAGCAGGAAGGACUGGAGGACAUGGAGGACUCGCUAGAUCGACAUGUAGAAGACGUCCUCACUAAACGAGCCAAGUUUAGGCGAAUAAUGCAAGGUGUCUGGUCCUUCCUCAAAACACCAAUGGGGAUGGUGACUGGCAUUUAUGGGUUUCUUGUUGUAAUCUGGGGAACUGCCCUGGUGCUCAUCUUGGUCAAAUGGAUAAAUUUCCACAACCUGAACACACAGACUUUUUGGGUCGAGGUUUGCUCCCAGGUCGAAUGCGGCCUGUUCACGUUUACUGGAAUUGGACUACUUCCGCCCCGCAUUAUGGAUACUUAUCGGAUAACAAAGAUUUGGUGGUACCAGCGAAAGACACGAAUGUUACGAGCAAAGGCCGGGCUUCCCCAGCUUUAUGACGUUGACGACCUGCCGGACCCCGUUUACGACCCCAACUACGUCCAUGUCUUGACGGACAAAGAGCAAAAGGAUCUUCACCACCAACAAGAACUGUUUCGCGAAAGCCAGACUUGGUAUCGUGCACACGGCACUGAGACGCACAGGGCAUUUCCCAUCAGCACGGCUCUCUGGAUAUGUCUCUUCGUUGAUGGUAACUCCUUCUUUCAAAUCAUACUCUCAAAUUGCUUGUGGUCGAUGGACCGGUACACCCGUCCCGACUGGACAACAGGCACGCUCAUCCCAGCAACAUUCCUCUGCGGUAUCGUCUCGGGUGUUCUCAUCUGGCGCGGUGGCAAGCAAACUCGUCGCACCGAGAAGGUUGAGCAGACCCUACGCGCCGCACUUGCCAUGGAGAAGGCCGGAAAGUCAGUUAUGCCCCAGCAGGUCGCAGAUGAGGUGCCUGGCUCCGCGAAGAAGGAAGUAGACGCGCUCGCCAACCCCUCUGUUGCCGGUUCUCAUACCCAAUCCGUAACCACCUUUGGCAAGGAUAAAGCUUUGAUGACGCCGGUCAUUGAAGAACAAAUGCUUAUACCACCGGCGUCGGACAUUAAGCAGAAAGCAUGA